CUACCUACCGCAUACGGUCGUGCCUUUACCGAAAACAUUUCAUUUAAACCUUUUACGGAUCGGGAACUGUAAACAACACGUAUGUUAUAUAAUUUCAUAACAAUAACACAUGUAUUUUAGUGUUUCAACAAGUUUAAAACAAAAGUUUUUCAAGUAUUGUUUAUAGUUUCUCCGUUACAAUGGUGCAAAGUUGAGAAGUGCAACAGAUUAUUAAGAGUACACGGUCCGCGUGGGUUUCUUACAUCGGUCAGGUUAUACUUCUGACAGUUAGCGAGUAGUCGUACGUCGGAUGUUAUGCUAUACUAUCGUGUCGGUUUUUGGCGCGUCUAAAAACUUUUAUCAUAACGAAAAUGCUUUAAAAUUUUAUUUAAAACGACUCGAAAACGAAACUAUUACUUAAAUAAGGUGUUCUUGUGUGUGUUGUAUGAGUUUGUGUAGAUUUUAAAGUGUAACAGUGCAUUCUUUGGUGAUUCAUCUUGGAAACAAGAAAUUCUGUGUUGUAGAUAUAGAGGUAUUGGUCACAAGUUUUGUACCUUUAAGGAAUAUGGUUUACGAUAGCUGAUUUUGCGUUUGGAACGCUGUGAUGAAAAGGUACAACAUACAUUUCGUUCAACGUAUUUUAUUAAAUUUGAUGAAAAGCGUCUGCAGUAAUAGAAUUCCAGCAAAUUUUUAAUUUUAUAAAGAAAACAAAAUGGGAAUCCGGAUGCUGUAUUGUUACUUUGUGGCAGUUCUAACUUUAGGACUAACGUUAGUUACUGCAGAUUUCACCGCCAAUUGUCCACAAGAAUGCAAAUGUGUUUGGGCGAGUGGAAACAAACAAGCCGACUGUUCGCAUUCGAACUUUCACGAUAUACCUAAAACUCUGAGCACAGAAAUACAAAUACUUGACCUAACUGGCAACGAACUGUACGAAGUUACGAGGCACGCCUUUGAAGAUGUACAGCUGAUAAAUUUAAAGAAACUUAUAUUAAAGGAAUGUAAAUUGAUAACGAUACACAAAAAUGGACUCAGUGGCCUAGCUAUCAUGAUUGAAUUAGAUUUGUCUAAGAACAAUCUCAAAACUUUAUAUUCAGAUACAUUCAAGGAAACAGCUAAAAUACGAUGGAUCUUAUUAAACGAUAACCAAAUUGAGAAAUUAGAGGAUGGUCUCUUUAAUAACUUGCCCUUCCUCCAGAAGGUGGACUUGAGUAAUAACAGAAUAGUACAACUCGGUGUAAAAACCUUCAUGAAUGUGCCAAAACUUAAUAUCUUAAGGCUUGACGGUAAUAAACUGGAACAUCUAAAAAUUGAUACUCUUAGUGCAUUGACAUCUUUAUCUAAUUUGGAUGUACACGAUAAUCCUUGGAGAUGUGAUUGCUAUCUACAACCUUUUAGAAAUUGGGUUAUCAGUAAAAAUCUUUAUACAUCACCAAUAUCCUGCAGCGAACCACCUAAAGUACACGGUAAAUUAUGGAAGGAAUUAGAUUCCAGUGAUUUUGCUUGCAGGCCAAGCAUUGUCUAUCCUUCAACAAAAACAACAUUACGAUCGUCAGACACGAAUGUGACUUUGUCAUGUCUAGUUAAUGGUAAUCCUCUGCCUGAAGUGAACUGGGUGUUAAAUGCUCAAAUAAUAGACGGAACAUAUAGAUAUCAAGGAGAAAUUAAAUAUUACGUAACGCAAUCCAAUACUGACAAUAGUAAAUGGGUUAAUUUAACCAUAAUUGAUGCUGGUACUUCCGAUAAUGGUGAGUAUUUAUGUGUAGCAAACAAUGCUGGUGGCGUCGAAGAAAGAAGUCUCACAUUAGCCAUCACACACACGCCUCCUGGUAUUGUUGUACCUCCAGGAAUGGACAAUAACAUGUUACCCGUUUUAAUCGGCGUAUCGUGUACAGCGGCUAUCUUACUUAUAAUAUUAGUCAUCCUUUGUUACUAUUGCUGUAGAAGACGUAGUUCAGAGAAAAAGAAAGCUGAUAAUUCAAACGGAGAGGCUUUGAUUGAAGGUUCGGUGAUACCGGAGAUGGAAAAAAGUUUAAUCACAGCUGUAAACCCGGUCACUAAACCACCAAGACGGUACGAUGUGCCCCCAUCCAUCACAAGCGGAGGGACCGAGAUGUCCGAACUGAAUAAAACCUUGCUCGAUAAUGAUUCUGUGUUUGCUCACAACGAUGAUGAGAAGCGAUCACUAGAUUUCGAUCAACAUAACAAGCGAUCACAGGACGCUUUGAAUUCGGAUUACGGACGUACAGACGGACGAGCGUAUCCGCCUGAUCUCUUGUCCUUCCCCGCAAGAGCGGCGCAGAUAUCACCAGCGGCGAGUAACGCAUCCACAGUACCAGACACAAGCAGACUCCAAAUAAAUCCCGUCAGCCCAAUUCAUUCUCCCAUCUACGGUAUGACCAACAAUCAGAACCUCUUCAGAACUUUACCGUACUCUCGUUCUCAGUCCCCAUUCACAGCGCCGAUGACACCUCCUGUAGUGACACCCAGACAAGGUUACGUUACUAUCCCGAGAAGGCCAAGAGUUCCGUCAUGGUCGAGUACGGCGAGUACAGCGAUACUUCCAAGUACCGAGGCACAGGAACCUCUGUAUGACAACUUAGGCUUAAGAACAACGGCCGACGGAAGUUCAGUUCUUUCUCUUAAUAAAGCGGGACUGGAACAACAGUUUUCCCCGAUGAGAAAUAGACCUCUACCUGCUACACCUACAGCUUACCCGAACCCUCACCAAGUUUAUUACGCGCCGAUAGAGGAACAAGAGCCCGCUCCUUCCCCUGUUCCUCCAUUCACCCCAACCAGAAACAGUAUUAGUUCGCAGCUUUCAAACCAACCUUCUACGCCCGGUCCACAAGAACCCGUUAAUAACCGAAUGAGCUGGACAGCCAAAAAUACAUCGACACCACAAUCUGAAGCAAGGAAGCAAUCGAUUACCACUAUUGAUAACAGGAACAUAGAAACACAGUCACAAAUGUCUGACAACAACACAAUGAGAAAAGGAAAACCAGAAACCGGUUCGUUAAGAAGAAACCCGCGGUCAGAUAACAACGAAUUCGGGUCACCAAGCAAAGAUGAUUACAGGAAAAACGAGAACGUGUCAUUGAACCAGUCGGGUACAAUGGGAAGAAGCGGUAAGAUACCUCCGAGGCCUCCGCCCAAGCCGAAGAAAAAGCCCAGCACGGAAGUGAGUCCGAGCGAACCGCUGUUCGAGGAUGAAGGCGAAGACGGCACGGAAGUGUAGUGUUACAAGGAGUGGAACAAUCCAAGUGCCAACGAGCUUGUAGUGAUGACGUCACAGUGAAGUGAAGUUUUAUGAAUGACAGUGAACUAUGAAGUGCAAUGAAAUCGUUAUUUUGCGGUGCUCGUGUAAAUAAAUUGUGCUAGAUUUUUUACUAUGAAAUUAAAGGACCAUUACUCAAUCCUACCUUAAGUAUCGCUAGGCCAUAACUAGGUUAGAACUAAAACAAUGCACUGUACACUGUAUGUUACAUAUUUUAAGUAUUUAUUAUUUGUAGUCUCUUUAAGUAUGACGUCUCCGCAGCAGCUUGCCCCCCGGCGUUGUUUCAUCGAUUGUCAAGACUGAUUAUUCUAAAUUUGUUCUCACAUUUGACAUUCCCGAUGUGUGAUUCCAUUGUCACUUUAUCAUUCACAAAUCUAAUGUCGCGAAAGACUGAAUUAGUCGCUUGUCAACUAUUGAUUGUGUCAAUAGUGUAUUUAAGCGCGUAUCGAUGUCGGCUCCUUCACUCCACUCGACGGUGUCUAUUAAUACUUCCGAAACAAAAUAUAUCACAGACAGAGCCGUAGCUAAUUCAGAAAAUAAUAAUCGCAUAACUCUACAUACAUCCUAGAAUGUGUGACUUCAUUAUAAGUUAAUAUCAUUUUAGGUUCUUUAAGACUGUAUAUUUUCAUUAUUAUUUUUUUGUAACCUUUAUUCACAGAAGAUCAAUUGUCUGAUGACAUUUGUUUUAAACCACCUUUUUAUUAAUUACAUAGAAUAGGAAAUAUAGUUCCUAAAGCGUUAAAUUUCUGUCGAUUUGCACCAAAUUAUAUUCCGAGUUAUCAUGUACAUAGUGAAAGAUUAAAUAUUCGAUAAAUAGCUAUGAAAUUGAUAAAUAAAAAAGGUUGUAAGAAAUAGGUUUUAUCAGAAUAUCAAAAAAAAAAAAUGUUUUAUAGUCUAAGAUCCAGUGUUUAUGAGACUAGUGUUCGUUUAUUUAAGUGUCACAAUGCAAUGUUUUUUUUGAUAAUUAUCAAUUAAAUUAUCAUUAUACAUACUGAUAGGUGCAUAUCGACCUGACCGGUGACAUCGUUGCUGGUGCUUUUUUGUAUGAUUUUAAAGUUAUUUAUUAUCUGUACUGAUUUAAAGUGAUUUUUGUGCUGAUUUAAACUUUAAUAUCAUUAAGUUGUAUUCGUUAGUAUGAUUUAAUUUUAAUAAAUGGACAUUGUCAAUUGUAGUGUUUAAAGGUAAUUGGCAUUUAUGAAGCUAUGUGUUUUAAACUUGUACAAUAUAUAAUACAACUGUAUCGUUUAUUUCAGUAUAUUAGUUAUUUUUCGUAAAUCGUAUUAAGCGAUGUACGAACGUACAAUUUUUAUAUUGUUUAUUUUACACAUUCAUUUUACAAGUGUAAGCGCUAUGUACAUAAUACGAACAUUAUUAAAAGUGAUUAAACUAUAUUUCAGUA